CAGGGCAUCGUUGUAAGAAGGCCCCCAUUUUGGGCUCCAAGGAUUUCUUUUUCACGUAGCCGAACCACAGUUUUCCUUGGUCAGGGAGGACGUCUGGCCACGCCGACCAUCUCGGAGAGCAGGUGAUUACGGAUCAUGAGCGCUUUCGGGGCGAGACAGCGAGCCGCCCUCCUCCUCCCCCCCCAGCCUGGAAAGGUGCAGGAUCCGCUGAACCGUGCGUGGCACAGCGGCGGCCGGAGCAGACGCGGGAUGGUCGCGCGUCCCCAGCGCGGCAGAGGGGGGCAGCCAGGGAGCCCCGGGAAGAUGUUCUCAGUGCAGCUGAAUCUUGGAGAGCAAACAUGGGAAUCCGAAGGGAGCAGUAUAAAGAAGGCCCAACAAGCUGUUGCCAAUAAAGCUUUGACUGAAUCUACGCUUCCCAAACCAGUUCAGAAACCACCCAAAAGUAAUGUUAAUAAUAACCCAGGCAGUAUAACUCCAACUGUGGAACUGAAUGGGCUUGCUAUGAAAAGGGGAGAGCCUGCCAUCUACAGGCCAUUAGAUCCAAAGCCAUUCCCAAAUUAUAGAGCUAAUUACAACUUUCGGGGCAUGUACAAUCAGAGGUAUCAUUGUCCAAUGCCUAAGAUCUUUUAUGUUCAGCUGACUGUAGGAAAUAAUGAAUUUUUUGGGGAAGGAAAGACUCGACAAGCUGCUAGACACAAUGCUGCAAUGAAAGCCCUGCAAGCACUGCAGAAUGAACCUAUUCCAGAAAAAUCAUCGCAGAAUGGUGAAUCAGGAAAAGAGAUGGAUGAUGACAAAGAUGCAAAUAAAUCUGAGAUCAGCUUAGUGUUUGAAAUUGCUCUGAAGCGAAAUAUGCCUGUCAGUUUUGAGGUUAUUAAAGAAAGUGGACCACCGCAUAUGAAAAGCUUUGUUACUAGGGUGUCAGUGGGAGAAUUCUCUGCAGAAGGAGAGGGAAAUAGCAAAAAGCUCUCCAAGAAGCGCGCUGCAACCACUGUCUUACAGGAGCUUAAAAAACUUCCACCUCUUCCUGUGGUGGAAAAGCCAAAACUAUUUUUUAAAAAACGCCCUAAAACAAUAGUAAAGGCUGGACCAGAAUAUGGUCAAGGAAUGAACCCCAUUAGCCGCCUGGCUCAAAUUCAACAGGCCAAAAAGGAAAAGGAACCGGAUUAUGUUUUGCUUUCAGAAAGAGGAAUGCCUCGACGCCGAGAAUUUGUGAUGCAGGUCAAGGUAGGCAGUGAAGUUGCUACAGGAACAGGACCUAACAAAAAGAUAGCCAAAAAAAAUGCUGCAGAAGCAAUGCUGUUACAACUUGGUUUUAAAGCAUCCACUAGUCUUCAGGAUCAACUUGAGAAGGUAAGGGGGAGCAGUUCCCAGAUUCAGUCUCUAUCAAACAGAGGUGAGGGCGGCCAGGGUGGCCUGGGCGGGGCGGGCAUCCUCCAGGCACUUGCCCGGCUGGGCGGGAGGCGCUGGUGGCAGGGCAGGACGCCUUGUGCUCAGAGGUCCGGCCAGCCGUCUGUCCUCCACAGAGAAAGCUGCCAAGUUGGGGUGUUUUGGUCUAAAAAUUCCUGGUGGGGACUGGGAAUCCCUGAAGGGACCGCAUUAAAAGAAAUAGUGGAUGUGGGGAAGGAGGACGAGAGCUGCUGUCCAAGAGCGUCUACGUAA